AGCCCAGUCAUAAAAUGCAACUGUUUUUUUUCUGUCAUCUUGUGAUUUGCACAAUGCAAUUCCCAAGAACCCUUGCGCCACAGGCAAAACUUCUUAUUUUAGUGUUUUGAUUGCGACCUUACUGAAGCUUUUUCUUACACUAAGUAUCUAGCCUACUGUCCUACGUCAUCGUAAUGCCUAGAUACCAGAAUCCUUUUGCAUAAUUUAAAACUGCGUCAUGGCCGCCAUCUUGAAUUUGAGAUUCCACCUCUCAACUGCAUAUUUUACCAUAGCCUCAAUUUCUACCAAGUUAUUUUGUAAAAUAAUCUCAGCUUGGAUUGAUUUUGCUGUAUUUACUUGUGUUUACGUUUGCGACCCAAGAACUAAGUUAAGUGCUGACUGCUUUAGACUCGUACAGCUUACUUCAAGACGUAAUUAAAUGUGCUCUGGACACUCAUGAAUGGACUCGAGGUAUUUACCUUGAUUGCUUAAUCUAUUUUGAAGUGGAAGUAGUUUGAAACAAUUGAUGGAAAUCGUCUCCUACAAAUCGCUUUGUCGAUGAAUCUACUUUACAUCGAACACUUGACCGGCUACACAUUUUUUUAUUAUAUCCAAAGUAGGCAGUAAAAUCUUUGUAAUACAUGUCACACAAACAAGUUGCAGAUCUCAGGUAUCCCAGUCAACCCUGCACGCAGGGUGUAGUUCCACAUGACCCCUAUGACUACACCACCCCCUCCCCCCUUAGCCAAUCCUGGGUAGACACCUGUGUUAUAUUGUAUUCUGAAUAAUAAGAAAUUACUAAGAGAUUAACCAUUUGGUAUCUGACUCAACAGGUUAGCUUAAAAAUCUUUUUAAAAAUGAUCAAAAGUACACUGACAAUCCAGAACAAGAAAGAUAGGCCAAGAAAACAAAAUUGUGCACCACAAAAUUAUCAAUGCUAAACUUUGUGUGUUAGUUCGUCCUCCACUUUCUAAACUUAAAUUUACUAAAUACUUGUUCGGCCCAAUUGCUUCCCAGGACAACGAUCCAUUUUACUGCUGCAACUUGUUCUCUUAGCAACGCAAAUGAAAGAACAUGUUUUCCUUCUCGUUCGAUAGCCCUACGAUGUUAUAUCCUAACCUCUGUAUCACAUGCGUAGGAGUUGAACUGCUCAACAGUUUUUUUCUUUUUGGUGGGAAUAUUCGUUACCAAUGAAACACAUGAUCAAAUGAGAGCUAUGAGGCUAGAUCCUAAUAUGUUUUCGUUAGAGAAUGUAUCGAAAACCCAGAUGUGCAUACUUUACAUGCCUCACCUUGGCAUAUCACCGUCAUAUGAACUCCCCAAUAAAAAUCAGGAAGUGUUCUUUGCAGUGCGUGACACAACACUGUCACGCUCUAUGUCACGCAGCGCCAGACGUACUCCGUCUAAGAAACAUGAAACCUCCCACACUCGACACUUCGACUCAACGCACGCUACAUUUCUCGCUGGCGCGAAUUGGCUCGGAUAUCCCGCUCACCUGUUUACAAAUAAGAUGGCUUUGGGAGAAACCCAUCGUCUCAGAACUCAGAACACCCCUUCAGAAGCUGUCCUUCUCACAUCGGAUGAAAACAACCCGAAAGUCAACCUUAAAAAAGAGGUCGGAGUUGUGAGCGGUAUGUCGAUCAUAGUCGGCACAAUGAUCGGCUCGGGAAUCUUCGCUUCACCUCGAUGGGUGAUGAUGUUCAGUGGUUCGCUUGGCUUCACACUCGUUGUAUGGGUUUUAUGUGGAUUACUGUCCCUUCUAGGGGCUCUGUGUUACAUCGAACUCGGUCUCGCGGUGCCGAAAUCUGGCGCGGAGUACGCUUACUUGGGGGAAGGUUUCGGGGCCCUGGCGUCGUUUCUGUUCUCUUGGACGCAAGUUCUAGUAUACCGACCUGCUUCUUUUGCGAUCAUCCUUCUCACCUUCGCUUACUACGUAAUGGAGCCUAUUUUCCCGGGAUGUUUAGAAAGACCAGAUCUUCAACCGUUACUGAAGCUUUUAGCGGCCGUGGCGAUCGGUGUCAUCACCUACGUAAACUGCUUCAGCGUGAAGUUAGCUACUCGAGUACAAGUGGUUUUCACGGCGGCCAAGCUCAUCGCUAUUGCGAUGCUUAUUAUAACCGGGCUGGUGCGGCUAGGACAAGGUUUCACUGGCAGCUUUGAUGAUGCGUUCAAGGGCACGACUACCAGUAUUGGCAUGGUUGGCUUUGCAUUCUACAACGGGCUCUGGGCUUACGACGGCUGGAACAACCUAAAUUACGUGACUGAGGAACUCAAGAAUCCUUACAGGGAUUUGCCACGGUCGAUAUUGUUCGGUAUUCCCUUGGUGACCGUGUGUUAUGUACUUGUGAAUAUCGCAUAUCUCACCGUACUUACUCCUGUUGAAGUCAUGGCUUCGGGCGCGGUGGCUGUUACGUUAUCUAACCGCCUCUACGGCGUAAUGGCAUGGACUAUCCCUAUUUUCGUCGCUUGUUCAACGUUUGGUGCUGCCAAUGGAUCGGCAUUCUCCGGAGGACGACUGGUGUAUGUUGCAGCGCGUGAAGGACAUCUCCCAGAAUUCCUUGCGAUGGUCCACACUAAGCGCCACACUCCACUCCCGGCCAUGCUGUUCAAUAGUAUCAUCGCCUGGUUGAUGUUGUUACCGGACUCCAGCAGUUUUGAGACGCUCAUCAAUUACUUUAGCUUCGCCGCCUGGGUCUUCUAUGGCAGCACAGUCUCCGCGUUACUAUGGUUACGAUAUAGGAAACCCGAGAUGGAAAGACCGUAUAAGGUGCCUUUGCUUGUACCGAUUAUGGUUCUGUUGGCGUCCCUAUACCUCAUCAUCGCACCGUUUUACGAGGCACCUCUCGAGUCGUUCUACUGUCUGCUGUUCAUCCUCGCGGGUAUACCUUUUUACCUUGUCUUCGUCUACUUCAAAGUCGCGCCCAAGUGGUUCCUUAAUGGAGUCGACUCAAUAACGUACAAGCUACAAGUUCUAUGUGAUUGCGCGCUUCCGGAGAGUGAGGAGGAAGUGAUCGCCCCUUGAAAAAAAUUCCGGCACACUACAUCAGAAAUGGUAUAGCUAGGUAACCCGUAAAUUAUUAGCUGUAUAGCUAUUUAACUUGGGUUCUCCGUAAAUGAUCGCCCCUUGGAUGAAUCACACACCACGGUGUCACACAAUCCGGCAACAGAGUCUCCUUCGCAGCCCCCGGAGUCUCGCAAUCCCCCCCCCCCCCCCCCCCCUUCUCACUAGUGGCUGCAAAGAGACUACAUCAAAACCGGUAUAGCUAGGUAACUAACAAUAUGGGUCGAUAACUUAACGGGUCAGGCAAUCUCUUCCGCCACCUUUGUGCAAAAUUAAAUAUGUUUUGAAUUGUUAAAAAAAAUAGAAAUGAUUGAAAAUUUGCCGUGAGCUUACAAAAAAAUACUUAACUAAAAAAGGAAAUAACAAAGGAAAUAAUUUUUUCCCAACAAUCAUUUGAUCCCUGGGUCUUUCGCAAAUCCUAGUUCUUUGGGUUCUUUUAUUAUUAUUAUUAUUAUUCUUCAAUCACCUUAAAUUGUAACGUACUGUAUUACCUUAAAUGUGAUCGGCCUAUUUUGUUUAAAAAAAUGAAAUUAAAUAUUAUUAAUCACAUGUAAUAUAUGUUCAAUUAGGAUCAUGGUGCCCUUUGUAUAGUUUUAUAGCAUCGGUUCUGCGGCAAAUUAAGCACAUUGGUAAUUGAACAUUAAUUGGUAUUUAUGUUGAAAAUGGGUAUUUAGUCAUGCGGGGAGGGUUAAGUUAUUGAGGGCUGGUUGUUUGCAAUGUCGCGUAAAUGUAACAGAUCUUAGUAUGGCAUUACUGCUUUUGAAUAACACUGAUUUGUGUUGUUUACUUUAUUGUUUCGUUGAUUCUUUUUACAUUUAGUUGUCUUUUACGAAUUAAAUGAAAGCUUCCGGGUAAUCCUCUUAACCGACAGAUUGAAAGUGACUUAAAACUAAGCGGUUUUUAACGAAACUUAGCGUAUAUUCUUAAUGUCAGUUUGUUUUGCACACGCUCAAAAAUUACUGUUUUUAUUCGUCUAGCUCAUGCUAAGAGAAGGUAGACCUCCUUGACUCAUGCUAAUUGAGCUUCAAUCUCUUACAAUGAAAAGUACAUGUUUUUCAACUGGAUGUUAACAUGGCCGCUUUUUUUCGUGUUAUUAUUGACUGGAGUUGGACACUCGGUGAAUGGGUUUGGCGUGAUUUGAAACAUGUCACUGAAGGCUCCCACUCGACAUAGAAUUGACACAGUACUGAAAUGAAACUCCUGUUCAUGAAGAUACAAAAUGUUUGUAUGGCGACUCAAAGAAUAAAACAAAGAUAACUUUGUUUGUGAAGAUUUGCGCGCGCGAGUAGAGAGUUGUUUCGAUAUUAUCUAUCGCCACGACAAUCUUUUGUUGAAUAGGAAUUUGUGAAUAAUACGACCAACCACAAAUACUUUAACUCAGCGAAAGUGUUUAUUAAAAAUAUAAAAGAAAACGAAUUUCUAAACAAAUUCAGAGGACUUCGCGCCACCAUUAUUUUCCCGUGUGGCAAAAAAUAUCAAAAUCUAUUAUAUUGGGAUAGCAGAAUUCGUCAAUUUGAUAUUUUAUGCUGUCGAAUAGGGUCAAGAAUUUGUAGCAUAACUGUUUUUUAAAAUGUCGAAUACUCAAAUUGCAUUAAUACUCGAUUUUGAUUUAAAAAUUGCAUUUACAUUUUGUUUUUAAUAUUGGAGGCGCUUUUUCAAACUUUAUGAAAAAUAGGUAAAUCUAAGCCCGGGAAUCACUAUUAAAGUGAGGACACAGAAAGCGGGCCAUGUUGGACAACAUUGUCCAAUCAGAUUCGGCUUGAACAACGUAAAUGUUAUGUCUGUAAAGGCCUGUUGCCCAGUUGGCCGUGUGAACCUGAUGCCGAGCGCACACCAGGCAUGCGCGCGUGAGUACACAUGUGAGCGAGCGGCGACGCCAUCUUGUUUUUAGUAAAUUUGUGUCUUGUUUCAUUGAGUUAAAUCUCGUGGUUUAAUCCGAACUGUUAAAUCAGGAAAGACGCAACAGUAAACAUUUUGAAAAAAAAAAAGUUCAGCCAAUAAGAAACGCCGGACGUUUGUUUAUCACUCGUAUUUUUACGAGUGACCCAGCCGCUUUCCUGCCCUCGACUUACGCGUACAAGAUCAAAUUACCAACGUCCGGCGUUUCUCAUUGGCUGAACUUUUUUUUUCAAAAUGUUUACGGUGCUCAAGCCGAAUCUGCUUGGUCAAAGUUGUUCAGCAUGACCCGCUUCCUGUGUCCUCACUGUAAGUAUUUCGAUAAUCCUUUUUUUUAAUUUGAUAUCAAGCACACAUUCGAAGUACAAAUAUAAAAGAAAACAGAAAAUGCGAAAAUCAUAUAUUUGUAGAUUCUAUUUUUAUAAAGGGAAUACCUAAACCAUACCUUUAUAUAGAAAUUGGUUGGUUUAGAUAACAUCCUGAAUGUAAAUACCAGUAUCAGUGCUGAAAUAUAAUGUAACUUAAUUAGCUUGAUAAUAUAAUACUGUAAACAGUGUAGUUACUAAGAAAAGUGGCGGGAAAAUAAAAACGCGCUUAUAAACAGAGCGUGAUUUCUUUUUUUAGAUUUAAUUUCCCGCCAUUUUAAAACAUUGUGGCGGUGCUUGUUUUGUUACCAGUUCAAACGAAAAUGGAUCAGUUUGGAAGUGUUUUUAGAGGUAUAAAAAUUACGAAUCGCUAUUUAUUGUAAAUAUUUAGCUUUUCAUUUGUGUAAGGUUUAAUGAGUGCUUUAAUGAUAUAAGAAAUGUUCUCAGCGAGUGUAUUGGCGGUACUGUGGUGUUUCAGUCUCGUGCAAGCGGCACAAACAUUGUCGAAAAGGAAAAACAAUGCCGCGCGCAACACAUCGAUACCGCUGCUUACUGUCGAAUCCGUUGUAUCGCGACCCGCGUUUUCAAAACACGAUUUGUUUUUGUUUUCUAUUCCGUCAGUAAAACCAUUCUGAGACAAUCAGAGUCUCGCUUUGUGCACUUCCCUGGCUAUCUGGAUGAAAAUCAGUGUCGCGAGAGGAAGCCAGGCAACUGCACUAGGCGAGAGAUGGCAAGAAUCUGAUUGGCUUAGAAUAAUUUGACUGGGGGAAUAGCAAAUCCCAAAAGACAAAAACAAAUCGAUCUUUUGAAAAUGCGGCUUCGCGAUACAACGGAUUCGACCGUAAAACUGCUUUUUUUCACAUUUACGUGAAAUUAGCACGCGUAUUUGUCACCAUUGUGGUGUUUUCCAAUGACGGCGGUGUUUGUGUUAUUUGCGCGAGGCGUUACCCUUACUAUUUAUUUAUAGAUAGAGGGUUCAAAAUUACAUGUACUAGUCCUUAAAGGACAAUGUACAUAGAAUGAGAAAUAAAGAUGUUGUCCAGAUAA